AUGCAACCAUGUGGUUGGUUGUUAGCACACGUUCCGCCACAGAGUUCUAAACAUCUAUCAGUGAAAUCCGUUGGUUCCUUUUGUAAUUCUGGCAGGCUUCUAGGUCUGCUGGAGUCGAAAUGCGAGAGACGUCAGGAUUUCCUUAAAGAGGAGAAAAAACUUUCUAGUGAAAACGUUGACGAAGAACAUGAAGCAGCGGGAAAAAAGAUGAUUCUUCGCAAGGUACAAACCGUUGUGGUGAAGGUGAACCUAAGAUUUCGCACCACCGAAAUGGCGAUCAUGGAAUUUUUUUUAAAUGUCGCUUAG